UGGCAACAUAAAAUUUGUUGCUUAUAUUUUGUUUCUUUCUUUUAAAUAACAUCUCAUUCUCAUUCAAAAAACUAAUUGAUGUCUUGUUUACAUUAUGUUCCGUAAAUUAACUUUGUUUGACUGCUUGAAUUUUAAUAAAGUCAUUUAUCACUGAAACUAUUUCGCUGAAAGUAUUAUUUGAUGAAGAACUUUUACUAAUUAAUAGAAAGUUAAGUUCAGACUGUCUUGGGUGUUGUUUUCUAAUUAAAAGGAAUAGAGUAUGCGAAAUGCAAAAAGUUAAAUGAUCCACUACAAAUAAAUAUUUUUUACCCUGAUCCAAGACUUCAAAUGGCACUAAUUCUCUUUUCCAAGAUUCAUUGUUUUUGAAGUUAUUGUUGAUUGUUGAAAACAAUCGACCAAUUUUAAAAACAACCUAUUUGAGCUGUGUUGAAAACUCACAACUUUAGAAUUGAAUAUUUUUAUGGAUUUAAUGUAUCACUGCUUAAAUGAUGAAGAAUAUACUGAUGUCUUAUAACAAUACCUAACAUGGUGGAAAUGUACAUUUUAUGUUAUUUCUGACAAAUCACUGUAUUGCAUUGAAUUAUUUUAGUCAUUUCUGUUAAGACUGCUUUUACAAAAAAAUGGAAAUUUGUUGUGUAUCAUGACGAUAGUUUUUAAAAAAUGGCAGUUCCAUAUUAUUACAGUGAAUUAAAGAAAGGCACUGUUCCUGAUGCUGAAAAGAAUAAUUUGAAUAAAGCAGAAACUCCUAAUGAAAAGGGACACGGUUUUGAUAAUCCUUUGCUGGCAAUAGAGCCUGAUGUUAGCACGUGUGAUAUUCCUAGAAAAGCCUCAACUUUUCAGAAAAAGAAGAAAAAGAAAAAAACUUUUCAAACACCUACAUAUCUCAGAUCAAAUUCUCUAACUACUAACAGUCUUCGACUUUCUUCUCAAGCAAUUUAUGCUCAUAAGGAAGCAAUAUCUACUGGAGAAGGAGCUUCUAACUCUCCUCAAAAAACUAAAAAACAAAAUCAUAAAAGGCGCAGCUCUGAACCAAAUAUAUAUGAAGAAAUUCCUGAACAAUCAUAUGAAGAUUUGUCAUGUUAUACUGAAAGUAGAGAUGGUUAUGCAUCACACAGAUGGCCACCUAAGCCUCAUGAAUGUAAUGGAUCUUCAACUUAUUCGUCCUCUAAGGUUGUUUUGGAUGAGGUUGAAAAAGUACAACAAAGGCAUGUACAAAUUUUAGAAAAUCUCAAUUUAGAUGUGGAAGCUAUGUUAAUGCCUGAAGAAACUGUAUGCUUAGAGGAGUUAAAUUCUGAAACAAAUAAGUUUGCUGCUGAGCGUUCUAAUUCUGAAGCUAAAGCGUUGCAUUUUCUUAGUCCUGGGACGCCACCUUUAUACUUUGCCUCUUCACAUUGGCAAGGUGGUGGUAGUUUGUGUGGCACUAUGCCUAAAGCAGCAACUACUAGUCAUGGCCUCCGUGUAAUGAAUGAAUAUAUUUUACAGCAAUCAGACUUUUGUCCUGGUGGUAAAGCUGCUUCUGAUUAUGGUCAAAAAGUUCUCCAGAAAUUCAGCGAAUCUACUAAUGCUGGAGAAACAAGUGAAGAACCGUCAUACAUGCUUUAUGAUGAUGCUCAUCGGCUACAAUGUUCUUCGCGAGGUUUAGCUACACCUGAAGACAAUAUAUAUGAAGAAGUAGAUUUGCAUCAAACCGAUGAAGAGUUUUCAAAUGCGGGCUGUUGGAUUGAUUCUGAAGUUUCUGCUGAUCAGUAUAUAAGCUCUGGUAGUGAAGAUGCAGAAGAAGAAACUGGGGCAGUUAAACUUGCUGCUCGUUUUAUGGGUAAAAAGAAAAAAAGUUCAAAGAAAGGCAAAGAAAAUGAGAGAGCUACUGGAGGCUUUACUAGGUGGUUUUCGACUCGAAAAAAAGAAUAUGUGCUAGAUAAGUGUUCUAACAAACUGAACAGACAUUCCCAAGUUCUGUAUGCUGAUGAAGAUGGAUAUGUUGAUGUCAAAAUCCCCAAAAAGCAACGUCCUCCUCUAUCUCUACCACCAGUUCCACCAAAUUUAAGCCCUGAAAAAUUAAAGAGAAGAUAUAUUGUCGGAAGUAUAGUUGACAGUGAAAACUCCUAUUUAAAUUCUAUGCAGAGGCUUAUAAGAGAUUAUAAACAUCCAUUGGAAAAUGCCCCUUCUCCAAUUGUCAGUGCCAAUAAAAUUAGUGUAAUGUUCCACAGAGUUGAGCAAAUUUUGCAGUGUCAUAACAUUUUUGGAAUUGCUUUAACUCAAUGUAUUCGCCAAUGGGAUCAAGAAGAAAAAAUUGGAGAUGUAUUUGUUGCCUCUUUUUCAAAAGUAAUGGUUCUGGACAUAUACAGUGAUUUCAUUAACAAUUUUUCUUUGGCUAUGGAAACUGCGAAGCAAGCUUCAAAAAAUAAAUCUGCAUUUGCAGAUUUCUUGAAGGUUAAACAAAUUAAUAGUACUGAUAGAUUAUCAUUCUUUGGUCUAAUGGUGAAACCUGUUCAAAGAUUUCCUCAGUUUAUAUUGAUGCUACAGGAUUUGUUAAAAUAUUCACCUCCUGGUCAUCAUGAUCGCAUGUCACUUCAACUUGCUCUAACACAACUUGAAUCACUUGCUGAAACUUUAAAUGAAAGGAAGCGGGAAGCUGAACAACAUCAUGCUGUUCGGGAAGUUCUCAAACAUUUUGGAAAGUUCUCCUUUAAAUCUUCUGCUGACAGAAAUCAUUUCUUGCUAAGACAAGAUGAUGUGUUACAACUUCAGUUAGAUCAAAAUGGGCUUGUAGUGAAGUCUAAGGAAAGGAGACUUUUCCUUUUAAAUGACCUUUUAUUAUCUGUUGCUGUUUCAUCUCGGAAUAGUGAUAAUCUCUCAAAUGUCGAAAGGUUAAAUCUCAAAUGGGCAGUUCCUCUUCAAGAAGUAGAUAUCUAUGAUGAUUUAAACAUGUCUGCUAAAACUUUAAAAAUGUUUUACAGCAAAAGUAAAUUUGCAAAUCAUAAUGCUGAUGGUGAAUCAGCUGAUGUCCCUACUGAACAAACUCUUUACGAAGAACUAAGAGAUCUCAUUCAUGACAAAGAUAUCAUUGCUAGAAUUGAUUCAUUAGUGUCAUCAUUAAGAAGAACUUAUAAUGAUUUAAAUGUUGAUGUUGCACAAAGAGUAUCAUCAAGCAUACAAGAAACUAUUCAACAAAAAUGUGAUGAAAUAAACCAAAUGGAAAGCAGCUGCUUACAACUGGCUGUGCCGUUCCGAUCAAAAUCUAAUAAAGAAAUAUUCUGCUUCCAAAUGAUAAGCCCAGCUGUGAAGCGGGAUUGGAUAACUGAUUUGCGAUUGGCAAAAUUAGCAUUAGAUGCCAACAACCUUCCUGCUUGGGAUAUUGCAGAUCAAGAAAAGAGACCAAGCAGCAAAAUGCCAUUAUUUGUGAAAAACUUUCCUGUAUUUCAGACCUCUUGUUCAUCUGAAGUUAUAUGUGGGUGCCAUUAUGUUGCCAACAGUUGCUCUAUCUCUCAGCAUUAUUUAUGGAUUUGUUCAACAGAUGGAUUGAACAGUCAUAUUGUUGUUAUGGCCGUACAAUCCACACAUCUUCGUCAAGUUGCUGUGUACCAUUUAAAUGAGAUGAAAAUUGUUGCAAUCGAAGCUGUACCAGGAACACCUUCAGUUAAUAAAUCUUGUUCUGAUGAAAAAUCUCUAAGUUCAGAUACUGUGCUUUCUACUGAAACUGUUUGGCUUGGCACUGAAAACCAAAAAGUGAUUGUUCUAGAAGGCUCAUGUCCAGAAAAAUGGGAAGAACUUGGCAGCACCGUUACACCAGCUUGUAUUAUUCAAAUAAAAUAUCAUUUGGAUCGAGUUUAUGUUGGAAUAGCAAAUGGUUCUGUCUUAAUAUUCAAUAGAUAUUCUGAUGGCCAUUGGCAGCUAGAAAACCCCACUAAUUUAGUCUUGAGUCAAGAUCCAGUUGCUUGUUUAUUACCUGUUGGUCUCAACUUGUAUUGCUCAAGUGGCUCAAAAAUAUGGAUUGUUGAUUCUCUUACUGCUGAAGUUCAGCGAAACUAUCCUAUACAACAUGAUGAUGGUAGCCAAGCAUUUCAUUUAGCUCACUCUGGAACUGGAAUAUGGAUGUCAUUGAAAAAUUCUGCAACUAUUUGUUUGUAUCACACAGAGACUUUUCAACAUCUUCAAGAUAUUAAUAUUGCUUCUAAUGUGAAUCAUAUUUUACGAGGUAAGGACAAAGAAAAGUCAAUUCAAGCCAUACACGUAACUUCUCUUUUGGCCAGCAAAGGGUUACUUUGGGUUGGAACUAAUGUUGGGAUUGUUUUGACUGUACCAUUACCUCGUUUAGAAGGUGUACCUAUUAUAACUGGACGUGUUAGUUUAGCAUUUCAUGGACACCAAGGACCUGUUAAUUUGCUGUUAAGUUUACAACCAAAAUCUGUGUCAAUUCCAUUCUUAUCAUCUCCUAUUGCCAGUACACCAACCAUUGAUAAUGUUGAUCCUUGUAAAGACUUAUCGCCACAAUCUUUAGUCAUUAAACAACUUUCUGAUUCUAUGUUACCCUCACCAACAUCAAGUAAAAAAUUUGAAACAAAACUAGAUGUUGGGUACAUACAUGUAUCUGGAGUUAAGACAUUGCCUCACAAUCAAUCUUUAUGUUCCCAUAUUGCCCCAUUGAAUAAUUUGGAAGAAGCUAGUGAUGUUUAUGGAUUGUAUGCUGAUUUAAUGAAUGUGCGUGACUACGAAAAAGACAGUGAAGGAAAACUGUAUGAACGACUCAAUCACAGCGAUCCUGAAUUGAUGCAUCUUAAUUUGAAUAAUUUGGAUAAAAAAGUGCAGCAGAAAUCAGGCCGUCCACGGUCUUGGGAUUUGUCUACAAUGGCUGUAUCUGAAGACUCUGAUUCUGCAUCAACUGCUACUUCUACAGCCACUACACCAUCUAGAAAUUCUACAACUGAUGAACCAGUGCAGAGGCACAGUGAAGACUUUCGUUGUUUACCUACUCAUGUUACGUUAAGACGUGAGAUUUCCAAAUCAAACAAGAAAACUGACUCAACUCCAAAGACAAUACUUAUGUUAACUGGUGGUUGUGAUUAUAUUAAUUGGCGAAAACCAGAAAAAACACCAAAACAAUAUCUAGAUGCAAAUGUUAUUAUAUGGGAAGUUAAAAUUUAGAAGAUUAAUGAAUCUCUGUGUAAAUAACGUUUAGAGAAAAUAUUAUUAAUAACUAUUUACAUGAAACUAUUUUUACUGCACAUAUUUUUCAUUCAUUCUUGUAGAGUAUCAAAUAAAUUUGAUGAAUUUACUUUUUAUAUUAAA